AUGGUCUAUUCGCGGCAAAAUCCAAAUUCAUUUCAAUUAUUUAAUAAUGGGAAUAAUGAGUAUCGUCAGAUUCCGGAAUUUAUAAAAAGUGAUAGAGAUCGGCAGCCUCUUGAAUUUGAACGACCACUUAGAAGUAGAUCAGCAAGUCCAAGGCGAGGAGAUGCUCAUGAAUAUAUUCGCAAUUUUCCAGAAUACGUUAGAAAUGAAUCUCCAGGGAAAAAUUAUAAUAGAUCUGCAAUAGACUAUGAUCAUCGUUAUAAUUCGCGUUACUCUACUGGGCAUGAAUUUCGAGAUAAAUAUUAUCCACGUGUUGGAUCAUCAACCACAACACCAGCAGUACCAGGAGCAGUCACUGAAGAUAAAUUAGAAAAAUAUUAUUCACGUUCUAUGUCAGUUGCACCCUAUGAAGACUAUUAUUCUAAUAAUAGAUAUACUGAGAAAUAUGAUGAGCGAGGAGUAGGAGGACAUUAUCGAGAUUAUGAAAGGGAGCUUCCAGUUGCUCGUGGACGAUCUCGUUCACCCACUUUUUAUCAUACUCGUCCCGCUUAUGAAGAUCAUCAUACUCGUAGAUUUAAUGGAUCAUCAUCAUCAUCUCCUUGGUAUCCUCACAAUAAUAAUACAUAUGAGCGUGACUAUCAAUUAUCUAGGACAGAUGCUUAUUAUGACUUGACAAGGGAAGAUCGUUAUGAUGCGCAUCGAGAACGAGUUUAUUCAUUACGCCCGGAAGCUGAAAGAGGAGGAUACAUGGAAAGAGAAUUUUCUCGAUCUGCUGUCGAGUUUGAAUAUACUCCGCGUAGAAGGCCACUUGAACGUUGGUAA